UGGGCUAUGCUGGGGAUGGAUUUAAUUGCCAUGAUGAAAGGCCAACAGACAAAAACACCAGACAUUGCCGAUGCCGACUUAGAGCUGAAACCAACAGCACCGCUCAGGGUCCUAUCUUGUUUGACCUCCCGACCUUGAUCUACGGCCACAAGACUUUGUGGGCCACGGACAUGUAUGGCAACGAGAGCGCCGCUUAUGUCAUCACGGACAAGUACCCCAACUUCUUCAACACACUGCGUAGACGCAAGGCCAUUGGCAGCCGAGAGGACCUCCUCACAUGCCUCAAGGUGCUCCGUAGCUGCCCUACCGACUGCGAACGCCUGGCGAGGAUCAUCGUAGGUGACACCCUGGGGUUUGAGACCAAGCUGUUGGUGGAGAACUCGGCCCAUGACCAAGUCUACAAAACCAUGGGCCAGAUCAUGUGCGAGACGUACAACCAUCACAUUGAUCCCCCAGGGAAGAGAGUGGUAGUAUUUUAUAAUCCCGGGGAGGACUGCGGGGACGAGCUAAGUACAUACGCAUCAGAGGCGUAUCUAUGCUGCAACUCGGAGGGCGUGUCUGGCAUUGGUAAAUUGACUUUCUGGAACCGGAAGUGUAGUGGAGGAGUGAAAUUGUCGGAACUCCUCGUUGGCUAA